GCUUGAGUCUGCCAUCGAUGAUAAUUAGCAUCACGAAGCCUUUCAGUUGUCCACAAAAAUGAGCAUUGUCAUGAUUCAUUGAGCCUCAUCUCAUGCCUCACUGGGUCUCGCGGCAAUGGCGCGUCCUUGGAGCCACUCGUCACGCCUUCCACACUCGCACAUACCGUCCAACAGGGCAGUGGUGCGCUGCAACAUAUGGUGCUGCAAUCCGCACAUAUGUGCUGCAAUCCGGCGAGAUUCAGUCUGAAUUUCUGCCUAUUAGGAACAUAAAUAGCGCUAUCAUCAUUCCGCGUUCUGUUCACACCACUACCCCAGAUGACCUCAUCCAACACAUCAAACCUCUCCACAAACAUUCCUUUCGUAAAACAACCUUCCCGGUGUUUCUACUAACGCCUGCAUUUGCCACAUGGCUCCUCGACGACCAGACUUUCCUCCAGAAGGCCUUGCACCAAGCGUUCAAUGACGUGUUUCAGACGUCCCAGAGCUAUAAGAGGCUACACGUACUAGUUGCGGUUGUUGAUAAGUUGCCAACUCCGCAAUCCAUCGGGAAUCCUCGAGCAUUGUUAGAAGAAGCGUUCCAGCGAACGCAGAACCCCCAGGUGUCAGAUUCUGGACAUGAAGGAAUGGCCUACGCGUUCUUGAGCUCUGCCCACGUAGUGAAUCCACCCCUUCGUAGCAUCUCAGACGUUGGCAAUGGCUCACUUAGCUUUACCAUGGUCAGGUCUCAUGAAAAAGGCGAGUAUCGCGAUGUCUUUGAGCUUCCAUUGGCCAAUACCGUUUUCCAAACUGGCUCCGCAACCACUAUGAACUUAUCGACCUGGCAUAGGGUUAGAGGCAACAAAGCGCUACAGCUCUUGUCUAAAUCUAGCCCUAAUCAUCAUGGCAUUGCUAUUGACGGCGAUGGAAAGGCGAGAACCACUUCAGCUCUCUCUAUUCCACUGGUUCCUUUGACUGUCCCGCGUCGUGUCGAAGAAAGUAUGGGCAACAUCGUUCGUCGCAUUUCCGAUGCCGAUGAAAAGGCUGUAACUGCUUCGGAAGAGCUGGAAAAGGUUGUACCACAAUACCUGAAAUCUAGAGACGAGCCCGCCCAAACCAUAUCUGUCUGGGCGCUUGUAAUACCUAAAGGCUCAGUCCAGUUUAUCACCGACGAAAGCAUGCAGCUUCUUGAUGUAGCACGAAAACGUACAGACCUACGUGAAUCCCACAGUGUUCUGAAUUCCUGGCAGGCCUUGUGGAGUUGCAACCCGCCUCUUCCAAAUCAGCUUGUAACAGCAGCACUUAUGCGAAACGCCCGUCUUCAUCGUGUUCUAAGUGGCGGUGGUGGAUGGGGGAAGAAGGCCGGCCUGUUAUCUCUCGAGCCCGGGAUUUCCCAAAACGACUGGACGAUGCUGAGCACAGACAAUCAGGAUCAAUUAAGUGACCUGCAAGAUCUAUCUUCUGCUCUCAAUACUGUUGUGCAACCUGGAGACUCCAUACAGUUUUUCGUAUCCCCAUCGGCCUCAAAAGCGGGCACAAAUGGAUUCAGUGAAGCUUCGAAGGCUCACAGACAGUUUCAGGCUCAGUCGCCAUUAUGGACUUGGGAAAUCGGCACAAUUCCAAGCACCAUAGACUGUACUCCAUCUACAUCGCUGCGGCAAGGGACAUCAGACACGAACGAUGUAUUUGUCUUUAGAAACAGUUUCGGGGCUUUAUCAGAAGAAGGCAUGCAAGUUACGCGUCAAUUCCGGACUAAAGCAACGAAGGAAUGGGGACCGAGGGAGGGAACCAAGAUCGAUGUGCCAUUUUCCCGGUUUAGUCUAGUCAACAUAGACGACUUGGUUCCCUUAAAAAUAUCCCAAAAGACGAUGUUCCACUAAUCAGUAAGGGUCCCUUAGCCCAGCCCGAGCCAGAAGUUGAGGAAACGCCAGAGAAACUAGCCCCACCAACCAUACGAAAAUAUACAGUUUCUCAACCAGCAUCAGAGUAUUGCGAAAUAAUGUACAAUAGCAUUUCCA